UCUCUCCAGUGACAAUUACGUAAACGACCCAUUCCCAAUAUGUGUCACCCCAAUCUUCUUGCAGCGAAGCAGACGGCAGAUACACACAGUCAGGCAUUCCUAGUCCGUCACUCUACUCAAAGAUGAAUCUGAACGACUUUGAUCGGAAAUGACUUCGGGUGCUGCAACACUUGUUCACAUCACGUGCCAUUGACGUUGCCCAAGCAUACUUACCUACGUACACCGGCAGCCUUCCUUCAUCCCUACCAGGUGGCAAAGGUCGCAGUCGCAUUUGUUGAGUGAAACGCUUCGUUCCCCUCGUACACGUUCAGGAGGCAACGCGCAAUGGCAGCUGAGCGCCGAUUCAUUGGUGAACAGAUGAACCGCGAAAUUGCGGCGGUGUCUUUUGAAUCCUUCAUCGAGCACUAUGCUCCUUUCCAACCCUCCAGUGAGGUCGUCGAUAAAUGUCUCGAGCGAUUACGCACGGAUGGCCUCGUCGUGCCUACGACGGCAGGGGUGGAUCGGUUCGCCGGAUUCCAGGAGCCGCCAUCGCGACAGUAUACAUCGAGGAAGGUUGCAUAUGGUCACCUGUCCGCUAUAUGCCGUAGCAUUCUCAGGUCGCCGUGGACGACAGAGUGGUCAGUUGUUCCUUGGUUCAAGAACCCGACAUCACGACCGAUGAAUAAUGACCCUCGAUGGACGCCUAUAUACAGUGUAACCAUCGAAGACGAAGCGAUGUGUUUCUGGUACUGGUCGCGGUCCCAUUCAGCAAAAUCGGAAGCAGUCGAUAUCACAAAAGAUGUACGUGCGACUAUACGCGGCCUCGUUUGCUUCUUAUUUGCAAGCAUGCCAGAACUUGGUUACGAUAAGACCGUCCAACGCCGCUUCGACCCGGCGCUGGGAGGCUAUUGCUUCAUCUUCCUCGUGCGAGACAGUUACUUCAAGGUGCUUCGCAGCAUCCCUGAGCAUCUAGGUCCCUGCACUAUAGCGGGGCCCUCUACGCGGGUCUUCGAGGUCAUCAAGGUCCCUAGUUUCGACAAUAUCACCGCCACUACGGAAUCAGCUGCAUCGCCUAUGGUCUUGAAGGACGUGCUGCAGGACGGUCAAGACCCCCCUCAACUUAUCGGUUUGAAUGAUGCCGAGAAAGAGCUCCUCCGCAACGCUCUGCGUGAUGAUAAUUACAGGGAGUACUUCCUUGCCAUCGAUUGCGACAUGCAAGGAGUGCAAUCGAAGUCACUUGCCCCCAAGGCAUGGUGCAACGAUGUUUUCUCUUUCUGGGACUCUUCAUCGGACAAAAUUCGGCAACUCUACGCGGUACCUCCGCCAGCUGAUAGCGCCCGUUCCUCCUCCCCACGGGCCAAUUCACGGUCUUUCGUUGCCAAGCGUCAGUAUCGCGUUGUGUUCAAGAAAGUCUGCCAGGCGCUGCACCGUGUGGGUGAUUCUGGGACCGUGUUCAAAGCUUUGAAGGACUGCCUCCUUGAUUAUGCCAAGGAGUUCGACGCUAAAGGCACCCGUAGUUCUGAUCCGAAGAUUGGCACUCCGGCUUUCAUGGCAACAGAAAUCUUAAGCCAAGAGCUCAUCCUGUUCUCUAAUUCAAGCGUCAGCUCGAAGGAUAAGGAAGCAGCUAGGGGCGAGCCUAUUAUUCACAACUUUCAGCACGACCUCGAGUCCUUCUGGCUCCUCCUCUGGAUACUCACUACGCGCCUCCCCACGUGCACUCCGGGCUUCGACCUGAAGAUCUAUACAGAUCAGCUGUUCCUAGUCCGUGGACUUUUCUACAUAUGGCCGGACAGACUGAAUCCGUAUCGAAACAUGACGAUCGGCCUCGAUGUUCGACGCUACCUUCCCGACGACAUGAAGGUCUUCGCAGACUGUAUACAGAGCUUGAACGAAGCGUUGUAUGAUGCGUCCAUCAAUAGGCUUCUCGAUUUCGGCAACACCGCCAGCUAUGCCCCUCUGUAUGGUUAG